GAGAUAGUGUCACUACCACACCUUAUACAAGUAUCGGUCUGUCGUCGUCAGCCUUAACGUGCCAACAUGAAGCCUGCGGUUGUCUUUCUGUUCUUCUUCCUCACAGCCUGCUAUGGGUUUAUCUUGGACAGUGUUACCAAUAGGAAGGUUUGUUAUGGAGAACUUGGCUGCUUCACAACAGACGCGCCAUUCAAUGGUCUCCAACGGCCGAUCACUGUAGUGCCAGCCUCACCUGAUGUCAUUAAAACCCAGUUUCUCUUGUACACCAGAGACAGCCCUACGACGGCCGACGAGCAGGUGCUAUUGUACUCCGACGCGUCGACCAUACUCUCGUCCAUGUACAGCGGUAGCAGACCAACCGCGUUCAUCGUUCAUGGCUUCACACACCACGGUCACCGCCAGUGGAUCCUAAAUAUGAAACAAGCCCUCCUGAAGAAGAGGAAUAUUAACCUAAUUGUGGUUGACUGGGGACAUGGGGCGGGUAUCCCCUAUGCACAAGCCACCGCCAAUACAAGGGUAGUUGGUGCAGAAACUGGCAUGCUAAUCAAUCAACUCAUCAGUGUCACCAACACAUCUGCAGCAGACGUACACGUCAUUGGCCAUAGUCUCGGGGCCCACAUCGCGGGGUACGCUGGGGACAGGGUGCAACACCUGGGACGGAUUACAGGUCUUGACCCCGCCGACCCCUACUUCCAAGGAGGCGAUCCAAUCAUUCGACUAGAUGCUACGGAUGCCGACUUCGUUGACGUCAUACACACCGACGCCUCCAGUAUUUUGGAGCUCGGAAUGGGGUCCAUUCAACAGAUGGGUCACGUGGACUUCUACCCCAAUGGCGGAAAGGACCAGCCCGGAUGUGACGCAGGCUUGCUGGGAAAGGUGUCCCACACUGUCUGGAACGCCGUCUCACAACUCGACCUCUAUGCUGGAGAAGCUACCGUCGCGUGCAGUCAUGAGCGCUCGUACGAACUGUUCACGGAGUCGAUUUCUAGUUCGUGCCCAUUCAAAGCGUAUCCUUGCACGAGCGCUGCUGAAUUUGACCUCGGUCACUGUCUGAGGUGUCAUGGCGACGAAUGCUCCGAAAUGGGUUACAAUUCUAUCAACUUCGCCGCACGGGGAUCUCUGUACCUUCAAACACAGGCUAACGCACCGUUCUGCAAUUACCACUACCAACUUAACGUGACGGGGAAGAAUAACAUGGAUGGUGUAGUGACUGCAGUACUGCAGGGUCAAAACGGCAACUCGAGCCCAAUCAAAUUGAUGACCGACAACGAGGUCCACACGCAGGGUCACACAAUCUCAAAGUUCAUCAAGAUAAAAGAGGAUAUCGGAGAGAUUGUGGCUGUAGCCAUGCAGUACGACAAAACGUCUAGCGUACUGACAGGCUGGGCGUAUCCAGAGGACUGGCUCCUAAUGGGGGUUUCCCUCAUGGACGGUUCUACCCAGCAAUUGUCGUCUUUCUGCGGCUAUGGUAAGACUGUGACCAACCAUAAAGCCAUCAGCAUGGGUCUUUCAGGCACCUGUUAGAGCAUACAACGUGUUACACUUCGACUACAAUAAACAUGUUCAUACUUUAA